CACGAAGUACAAGGAUAUGAAUAAUAGAAUGAACCAUCCACCACCCCAGAUAAAUCCAUCAAUCUGGAGGGAAAUGGAAAUAAGUGAUAAGAACAAAGAUAAUCAGGAGAUGAGUGAGCUUGCAGCCACUGGCGGUUCAACACCUUUGGCCAAGUACAGACAUGAGGAGAUAAAACAAACUGGAAAAGAACCUGAUCCGAUCGAAAUGUUCAAACGGUUCCAUGUGAAGAAGGACAAACAUUGGGUUAGCUCAAUGGCAAAAGACCUGUAUGAUGGUAUGAUAGAAGCAGGAGCUGAAAAGGUAUCCCAAGGGGAAGAACCAAAGAGAUUUGCCAUCAAUCAAGAAGUGAUAGGACCACAACUCCCCAAGUGUGUUCUAGGGAUGGGACAUGGGGUGAGCUCGGUUGAUGUCUUCGGCUCCCCAUCAAGUUAGAGUUGCAUCAAGCGUUGUCAGGAGGAUCGAACGAAAGAAAGGGAAAAAAUGAUGAAAAAAUGAGGAGGUUGGAGAAUAAGAUUGUAGAUGUGAGGAAUGCGGUCCCUCACAUCGUUGAAUCUGUGUUGUAGAGACUUGGAGUGCGGUUGCCAGAGUCAUUCGACAUGGAUAUCAACAGGUGAAGCCAAUGGGGAACAUGGUUGAGUUGGCGAAACUCAGGAUAACGAUGAGCCCGACAACGAGUCUGAUGAGGAGACUGUCGACAAGACUGCUGCUGCAUGAAUUUCUUUUAAUGAUAUCGUAGGAUUCUAAGUAUGGCUUGAAAUUUGGGAUAUUUUGUAUAAUUUUCGGAGGAUAUUAAGACUUUUGAAUUUUGGAUGUUUGUUCGUAGCUGAUGUCUACUUGUAAGACAGUUAAUCUAAGUAAAUUUCGAAAUAUUAUCAUCUAUGCAUUUCUUCGUUUG